AUGAGGCAGCUGACAGAAGAAGAAACAAAAACCCUCUUCAGCAAACUAAAGCUGAUCCUCGGCGACAAUAUCCGACAUUUAAUUGAUAGGCCUGAUGAAGACUACGUUUUCAGGCUUCAAGAAAACAAAGUUUAUUAUAUGAGCAAAGGUGUUUUAGAUCUCUGCCAACUUAUCGGCAGAGAAGAACUAUUCUCCGCAGGCAUUUGCUUUGGAAAUUUUACAAAAUCAGGAAAAUUCAAAAUACACAUUACAGCUCUGCCUUACCUGGCUAAAUACACCAAAUAUAAGGUCUGGGUAAAGCCAGGUGGAGAGCAAGUAUUUUUAUAUGGAAACCAUGUAUUGAAAACACACGUAGCCAGAAUGACUGAAGGAGUGCCUCAAUAUGAAGGUGUUGUUGUGUUCUCUAUGAAUGAUGUACCAUUAGGCUUUGGGGUUGCUGCAAGAUCGACUGAACAAAGCUUAAAACUCCAGCCUCACGAUAUUGUCGUUUUCAAUCAUUCAGAUUUAGGGGCAUAUAUAAGAACUGUGGAAGAAAAGCAGGCAGAUUAUUAA